CAGUGCAUAGCGCCGUGCCUGAUUCAGUGGAGGUGGGCGUUCGCUCCGCUUUCAAAAUCACGGCAAUGAACAACAAUGAAUGCAGUCUCUUGCGUCGCCGAACACCUUUACGGAAUGACGCGCGCACGAUGACCUUUGCCCGUCGACACAAGAAGACUCCGCAGAUGCCAGACGCGGAGCGAGCGUCACCUGCGCGGCGUCAGAUGCGUAAAAGCGCACAAUGACAACAACCUGCGCGCUCUGCGGUUCCGCCGCGCUUAAUCUGAAUCUGGAAAUGUGAAAGGCUCUGGAUUAGGAGGUUGUCGGGUGAUGCGAAUCGCCCUCCUUUGUUCGUUUAGAUGAGGGUCUGACGUGUUCCCAGGGGAAUUUCAGUCGCGGUUCAAACCUUGAGACGCUGGCGAGUCGGUCACACACACAUAACACACACACACACACACUCAAUGCUGCUAUGACUUCCUGCAUGCGUCCGUACUGUGAUCUGUUUGCUCUUCGCAUGCUGCUGCUCAUCUCGCUGCUGAUAUCGCUCGUGAGGUCCGGUUCGGCAGAUAACCGUUGCCAGUCUGUCCUCGCCUCCACAUGCGAAGACUGUCUGAGACGCGGCCCUGAAUGCGCAUGGUGCUCUCAGGAGAGGUUUCUGGACGGGGCACAUGUCAGUCAGCGAUGCGGAUCUGUGUCCGACCUGCGAGUCAGGGGUUGUGAAGAGGAGUUUAUCGAGAACCCGAGUGUGAAAGUGGAAGUGAACGCCACCAUCAGCAGCUCACAGGUGUCACCGAGAGAGAUCUCCGUCCACCUAAGACCAGGCAGCGAGGCGAGCUUUGUGAUUGAGGUGCAUCAGUUGGAACGGUACCCUGUGGAUCUGUACUAUCUAGUGGACGUCUCGGCGUCCAUGCAGGACAACCUGGACCGCUUGAAGACUGUGGGUCUGGCUCUGUCCCACCAGAUGAAGGAACACUCCAGCGACUUCCGGGUGGGCUUCGGGUCUUUCGUGGAUAAACCGGUGUCUCCGUACAUCGACGUGCACCCCUCCAAACUCCUGAACCCUUGCAGUGAUUAUGAGGUCCACUGCAGGCCCGCUCACGGAUUCAUCCACGUCCUCCCGGUCACGGAGAACAUGACGGAGUUCACACGGGUCAUUCAGGAGCAGAGGAUCUCUGGGAACAUGGACACACCCGAGGGCGGCUUCGAUGCCAUGCUGCAGGCCACAGUUUGCCAGGAAGACAUUGGAUGGCGACCUGAAGCGAAGCAUCUGCUGUUGGUCAUGACAGACCAGCCGUCUCAUCUGGCUUUGGACAGUAAACUGGCCGGCAUCGUGGUUCCUCAUGAUGGCCGCUGCCACCUAGAGGAUAAUAUCUACUCUCAAACCACUAGCAUGGAGCACCCAACAAUCGGUCAACUGGCAGAGAAACUCCUAGAGAACAACGUUUACUCCAUCUUUGCGGUGGACCAGGUGCAAUAUCAGUGGUAUGAGGAUCUACUGGACCUGAUUCCUGGAAGUUAUGUGGGCCGAAUGUUUCCCAAAGCAUCUAAUCUUAAAGACUUAGUAGUUCAUGCCUACAAGAAGCUGCUGUCCGAUGUGGAAGUGCAGAUCGGGGUGGAGGACGGCCAAGCUCACCGUUUCUGGGUGAACGUCACGGCCUUUUGCCCCGACGGAUCCUCUGUUUCUGGAAACACGAAAUGUUCCAGCGUUCAGCCUAAACAAACAGUUUUCUUCAAGGUGACGGUGGGGAUGAGCUCCUGCCCGGCGUCCGGUGGAGAUCACGAGGUUCUGAUGUCCGUGAGGCCCGUGGGAUUCAACGAGUCCGUGACCGUACGGGUCCGUCAGCUCUGUGGGUGUGGCUGCACUGAGAGGAACCGUUGUCAUGACGACCCGAAUCCCUCGCCCUGUCCCGCGGAGGCCGACGGGUGUAGAGAGGACAGGACCAAACCCGUCUGCAGCGGGAGAGGGACUUGUAGAUGUGGGAGGUGUGUGUGCGAUUCUAGCAGAUUCGGAAACAUCUACGGAAAGUUCUGUGAGAUGGACGACUUCUCGUGUCCGUACGAGAGAGGCCUGGUGUGUGGAGGGCACGGACGGUGUGUUUCGGGUGCGUGUGUGUGUCUCUCGGGCUGGACGGGUGAGACCUGCGCCUGUCCCGUCUCCACAGAGGCCUGCGUGUCAGACGACGGCUUGAUUUGCGGCGACCGGGGAAAGUGUGUGUGUGGCAAGUGUGUAUGUGACGACUCGCGGCGAUCUGGAACGUUCUGUGAGAAGUGUCCCAUCUGCUACAGCUCCUGUCAAUCUCACUGGAGCUGUGUGAACUGUCACCUGUCUAACGGACUUGGAUCGGACGGUUUCCAGCUUUGUAAUCACAGCUGCGCUCCAUCGGUCGACUAUGUGGACGACAUCACAGAGCUGGUGCGAGGGAAAUACUGCCUGUAUCCCAGCAGUGAUAAGUGUCAGUACCGCUUUCUCAUGGACUUGGCAUCAGAUCGACCUCAGCUGCACAUUAGUCGACAUCCUGUGUGUGUUUGGAGUCGACGGUACUUUAAGACCUUCCUCAGCGCCUUCCUGCUGACCGUCACGCUCGGGAUCGGCAUGAUGGCUGCGGCCCGACAGCUCCUGAGAGCCAGAGACCACAGGGGCCAGUCCAACCCGGAACAGCCGUUCGAUGACGGCCAUAAGGAUCCAUCAUUCGUCCCCUCGGCCAAUGAGAAGACGAUAACCUACAGGAGGGACCGCCUGCCGAACCACCCGGUGGAGAUGCACUCGCACCUCCCCAAGAUGCCCCUGAGCGCCGUCUGGCAGUGACCGGGGUCAAAGGUCACGCACCAAACCAAGCACUACCUGAUGGAAUACUCGAUCUUUCUCUUUAAGCACUUACUUCUUCACGAGAGCAAUAUCCCGUGUGUGUUUUUUUGUCCUUUACAUUCCGUUUCUAAUUUAUUAAGUUGAAUGGCAUUAGCUUUCUCUCGUCCUGAAGCCACACAGGAUAAAGACGGUACGUGUAAACGCCUGAUGUGGUUCACCUCAAUCUUCGGCCAGUUAUUUGUGGAGAUUAAGAUCGUCUCUGUUUAUUUGUUUGUAUGUUUUGUGUCUGUAAGUGGAUAUGAGAGUGUGUGUGUGUGUGUGAUAUUUUUGUCAAUACACUACAGGGCUCAGAAUUAGCAUACUAUCAUACUGCUUUUAUUUCUGCAGUAUGUAUGCAGAAAAUACACAGAAUUCCUACAAUGCAAUGGGUUUGACAUUUCCAGUGUGAUGAAGGAGUUGCAUUUGACAUCUGGAUUAAUAAUAAUUGGACGACAAAGAUA